AUGGAUUGCACUCCUGCUCAGAAGGUUAGAUAUGGCACUCAUAUGCUGGCUAAGGAAGCUGAUGAUUGGUGGUUGGAGAUGCUUGCUAGGUUGGAGUUUUCAGGUGAGGAAGUCACUUGGAAUGUGUUCCGUAGGGAAUUUCUGAGGAAGUAUUAUCCUGAAGAUGUUCGGGGUAAGAAAGAGAUAGAAUUCCUAGAGUUGACGCAAGGGAACAAGUCCGUGACCGAGUAUGCUGCCAAGUUCACUGAGUUGAUUAAGUUCUAUCCUCACUUUGAUGGCGAAGGUGAUGAAUUUUCUAAGUGCAUCAAGUUUCAGAAUGGGUUACGCUCAGAGAUCAAGAAGGUUGUUGGGUACCAAAAGAUCCGUUUGUUUUCUGAUUUGGUUGACAGUUGUAGGAUAUUUGAGGAAGAUAGUAACGCUCAUCACAAGAUAGUUAGUGAUAGAAGGGGCAAGAAUCAACAAAGCCGUGGGAAACCGUAUGAUGCUGGUAAAAGGAAACAAAGAGUUACUCAUGGUCAGAGAUGUGGUAAGAUGGGACAUGCAAUGUCUGAUUGCAAGCAUAAGGACAUGGUAUGUUUCACGUGUGGCGAAGAGGGACACAUUGGUAGCCAGUGUCCAAAGAAGAAGGCACAAUCCGGUGGAAAGGUGUUUGCUUUAGCUGAGACUCCUACAGUUAGUGGAGACCGACUCAUCAGAGCUCCGAAAUCAGCUACUGAGAUUAGAAGCUUCUUGGGUUUAGCCGGUUACUAUAGACGGUUUAUCGAAGGUUUUUCUAAGUUGGCUCUUCCAUUGACAAGAUUGACUUGCAAAGGAAAGACUUUUGUGUGGGAUGUUCAAUGUGAAGAAAGUUUCAAUGAGAUGAAGAAGAGGUUGACGUCGGCUCCAGUUUUGACUUUGCCUAAUCCAGGAGAGCCUUUUGUUGUUUACUGGGAUGCUUGUCUGAUGGGGUUAGAUGGUGUGCUGAUGUAG